AUGGGCAAAGCAGAACGUCAACGCACACAGAGAAUUCAUUCGGGAGCUGCUCCAUCUGGAGCGAAAGGAGGUUUGGGUCAGCACUUUAUUAAGAACAUUUCUGUGGUACACAACAUUAUAGAAAAGUCGGGAAUAAAGCCUACUGAUAUUGUUUUGGAAAUCGGACCAGGAGCCGGUAUUCUCACUAUGGAGCUAUUGAAAAAGGCCAAAAAGGUGAUAGCAAUCGAAAAGGACGAACGUAUGGUGCAUGAGAUACAAAAGAAAGUACAGGGAACAGAAUAUGAGUCUCACCUGGAGAUAGUUUAUGGCGACUUUUUAAAGGUCGAGUUACCCUACUUUGAUCUUUGCGUCUCCAAUGUUCCCUACGUAAUUUCUUCCGGAGUGGUCUUCAAGCUGCUGCAACACCGCCCCAUAUUUAGAGCAGCGAUUCUCAUGUUCCAAGAGGAAUUUACUCAACGUCUCUGUGCCAAACCCGGGGAUAACAUGUAUUCCCGAAUUUCCGUAAACACCCAACUCUUAGCUCGGACCCAGCAACUCCUCAAAGUGGGUCGCAACAACUUCAAUCCGCCCCCUAAAGUCGAAUCGCGUGUGUGUCGCAUCGAGCCGCUGAAUCCUCGUCCUGAAGUGAAUUUUGAAGAGUGGGACGGCUUGGUGAACAUCUGCUUUCAUCGAAAGAAUAAAACAUUGGCGGCCAUCUUCAAGAAUAAAAGCGUUUUAGAGCUUUUGCAGAAGAACUACGAGAUGUACUGUGCAUUGAAGGAUAUUGUACCGCGUGGAGAUAUGGAUAUUAAGCAGGUUGUGGAGGAGGUUUUGAAUUCAUGUUGGGGUAUUAGCGGUUCAUUAGGUGUAGGCGAACUUGGGCAACAGCGUGCUUCGAAGAUGUCGAUUGAGGACUUCAUGCGACUGUUGGACGCCUUUUUAGAUAGAAAUAUUCAUUUUACGUAA